UCAAAGCAGCUGCAUGUCCCAAAAGCAACAAUGCAAACAACUGUAAGUAUAAAGUGCAUGGCACUGUUUUGUCACAGUCACGAUCAGGAAGAAAAUGCAAGCUAUCACCUGCUGCUGAGAGAAAAUUGGUCAGGGGGGUGAAGAGUCAACCGAGAACCACCAAAAAGCAGAUUUGCCAAGAAUUAGAAGCUGCUGGAACACAGGUGUCAGUGUCCAUGGUCAAGUGUGUUUUGCAUUGCCAUGGACUGAGAGGCUGCCGUGCAAGAAGGAAGUCCUUGCUCCAAAAGCGGCACCUUAAGGCUCGAUUGAAGUUUGCUGCUGAUCACAUGGACAAAGAUAAGACCUUCUGGAGGAAAGUUCUGUGGUCAGACGAAACAAAAAUCGAGCUGUUUGGGCACAAUGCCCAGCAAUAUGUUUGAAGGAGAAAAGACACACGUUCACUUUUAUUGCUCUGUAAUCCGAUCCGGUUGUUGUCCAGAGCACUGCUGUAACCAUAGUAAUGUACUGUAUAAUUCAUCAGUCUGCAGUGGUGAAAACAUGGAGCAGGACUGUAUUGCUGGUCUUUACCAAUCUUUGGGCAUAUCCGUUGGAGCAGAGUUUUCCAUCGAAGAUGUGAGUCUUCUCCACCGCAAAGUGUUUCAUGUUCCCUCCAACACCAAUGAAGCACAUUCAGCCAUGAAGAAGAUUGCAGGAGACGACAAUAGCUGGUCCUGUGUUGGUGAAAAUGUUCUGGAUGUUCUAUUAGAAAUGGAAAAAGAGAGGGAGAGGAAGGAAAUGCUAUACUGGGACCUGCAGCUACUCAACACUGGAAAUCUCAACACUUUUCAUCACAUGAUGGAUUCCCUGCAUGAGAGCACAGACCCCACUUCUUUGAAAAAUGCGUACAAGUCAGAUUCAGGAUUCUUAAAGAUGUGCAUGACUGAAGCGGACAGUCCUAAGAUGGGGGGACUGCUAGGGAAAAAAGAGCCCUGUGGGAGAGUGACAACUGUGAGAAGACUCGGGAAAGCAGCCAGGCAGUGCUGGGUUAGGUUGGCAUCAGAGGGUGUACAAAGCAUCCUACCCUUUCCCUGGCAGGGCCAAAGGUUCAGGGUCCGAGGUCAGGCAUGGGGGUGUAUCUCCCUGUCAGACAUCCUCCUCUUAGUGAAAGUGAAGUACGAUGUGGUGAUGUACUUGCUGUGUACAGAAAUGCUUCAGGAGCACCACACUGAAAGUGUCUGGGAGACGCUGCUGCCAUGGCAACAAGACAAGGAAGUGGAGAAGCUGGAGGAUCAUGCAGAAGAAGCUUUGGAGUCAGCUGACAUGCUCCGAUUGGCUGAACUUCCAGGAGCAUUCAGGAUAUACAAGGCCGAUCUGAGUGCAUCUUCUAGAAGCUGUGCUGAGUCCAAGAUACAGUCCUGGUCUGCUGUUUCAUUCCUGAAUGACUUACACACAUUUCGACAACAAGAGCAGGACACACUUGCAGUCCUGGGUGAGAGGCUGCAUGAGGAGAGCCUGCGGCUGCUGUGUCUGCGCAUCAGGUUGGCAACUCUUAAAGCUCAGAGAGAAAAAAAGUCUUACAGUGCUCUUCUAGCUGCCCGGCAGUCCUGGGAUUCAUGGCCUCAGGUGAACAGUCCAUGCAGGGCAGAGCAGGUCGCUUUGUGGCUGCACGAUGAAGAAGAAGAGGAGGACUUCACGACAGAACAGCAGUCCCAGCAGGUCGUGCUGCAGCUGCUGGUGCUGACUCAGGAGCAGGAGAGGAAGCACCUGGUCAGGUUGGUACACAGGAUCUCCCCAGAGGAUUUGCAGGGGCCAGGCUGCACAGAGCCUCCAAAAGAGGAGACUCAUAUGGAGGCUGCUUUCAGAAAUGGCUGUAUAAAAAGACUAAGGGAAAUUCAUGUUGACCUGCAGACAGGCAGCGACACACAAUCCCAGCCUGAAUUGCAGAUCCAAGGAGAAUGGUCCCAACUUCACUUAGAGGAUUGCACGAUGCUCCUCCUGACCCAUCUGAUGGAGCUUCAGGAGGUCCAAGCAUCUGCUUUACUACAAGCACUGAUGGAUAAGAAUGCUCAGCGUGUCCAAGCUCUGCGAGAAAGAUAUGAAUCUGAAAUCCAAGCACAGCGCUUCACCAACCUGCUCCACCUCCUUACUUCAGAUGCACCUCUUACUAUGCUGAUUCAAUAUCCAAACUUGAUUGAAAACAGCAACAGUGAGCAAAUCAUAGCUCAGUCACCUUUCACGGGACAAGUUGAGGUCCAAAACACCAAUGGUGGAUCAGCUGAAGUUCAGACCGACAAUUCGAUCAAAGGAGCCAGCAAUGAAGUCCAAAACGCAGAUGGGACUGACAAGCAGGAUGUCUGCUCAGGUUGUGGUGCAAUCAUGGAGGACCUGCCCUACUUGGAGAUCUUGUGUGUGUCGGAUGCAAAAAGUAACAUUCACGAGGGCCUCGCUGCAGAGGGAGGAGACCAGACAGAAGAAGAGGACAGUGAAACAAAGACUCCCCAGAGCUACGAGAAGCAAGGCUCUCUGAUCACUCUAGCUUGGAGCAAACCACCAGAGGAUGACACAGACUAUGAGGCAGAAGCUGCGAGUCAGGAUGCUGAGAGCAGUUUGACGACCCGAGUCCAGCCAGCACAAUGUAAGGAAACAGUUCAAGAGAAAGACAGAGAAGAUCUUAAACCCUCUGUGUUACACUCUGGUUCUCCUGGUCACUGUGAAGCUCAGACUGGAGAUGAGCAAAGCCGCACAGUAGAACAGUUAACCUUGAAUAAGAGACUAACAGCUGAUCAAGCAGACGAAGAAGAAGCUGCAUGUGAAUGUAACCUGCAAACACAAGCUUUGGUCACAGAGAGUCUGCAGGCCACAGAACAGUUUUUGGCUGAUUCCGCUGAAACCGACCCACAUGCUGAUGACCUCUGCUCUGGAGAAUCCAACGACACAGUGACUGAGGUGGAAACGUGUCCUACUUCAGCAGAGUCUGAGCUGUGGGACCUGACAGGGCCUGAACCUGAUCACCAUGAAGACCAGAAAUAUUCUCCAGAUGCAACAGUAGACUGCAAGAAGGAAGUGAGAGAAUCCACUUUAAUGGACAGAGAGCGAGUGAGAGAACCAGUGUCUGCAAUGGAGAGGGAGAGGACGAUGCGUAAUCUGGUGGACAUGCAAAGAAAGGUUGAACAGAAGCAGCAGAGAGACAGAGAGAGACAACUGCUGAGGGUUCAGGAGCGUCUGUCAAUCAUCCAGAACAGAAAGGCAGAGGAAGACCUGCUCGGCCUGAAACACACUGACAGAUUAAGACAUGUCACACAAGAUCUACCAAUGGAAGACAAGAACCAGCAAAAGACUGUUGUCAGAGAGCGACUGGAGCAGCUCAGAAGAGAGCGCUCUUAUAUCAUGCAGUCAAAAAGAGACAGGAAUACUGCAGGAUUUAAGGAACUCCUUGGUCCAGUUGCCCUCCAUAGCAGAGAAACAGAGGACGGAGAAGAUUGAGAAAACAGCAGCUUAUACUCGUUAUACUAAAUAAUAACUUCAUAAAUCCUGUACAACAUCCAACCAUAUACUACAACACAUGUAUGAUUUCCUACGCAUUUACAGUUUACUGAGCCACCAUUUUUUUC